UAAGGAGAAGCCUCCACUGCUCUUUGCCACACAAAUUUUUAGCGAAAACUUUGGAGGAAAAUGGAGCUGAAACAGAGCACAGAGCAAUUCAAAGGUCAAACAAGGUUACCCAAAUUUGCUGCUCCAAAACGCUACGAUCUUCAUCUCAAACCUGAUCUCUCUGCCUGUACUUUUUCUGGCACCGUCAAAAUCAGCCUCACGAUCAAUGAAAACACCAAGUUUCUUGCCUUAAACGCCCUCGAACUUGAUAUUCAGAGAGUUUGGUACACUAACUCUCAUCAUGUGGAGUACUUUCCGCGUGAUAUUGUUGUGUAUGAUGAUGAUGAGAUUGUCAUCCUGGUGUUUGAUGAGCCGCUGCAUGUUGGAGGAGGAGUUCUGUUGAUUGAGUUUUCUGGGAUUCUUAAUGAGCACCUCACAGGAUUCUACAAAUGCACAUAUGUUGACGGAGGAGUGAAGAAAAAUAUGGCAGUUACUCAGUUUGAGGCAGUAGAUGCAAGGCGAUGCUUCCCAUGCUGGGAUGAGCCUGCUCUGAAGGCAACCUUUAAGAUAACACUUACUGUGCCAUCAGAGUUGACAGCAUUGUCUAAUAUGCCAGUUGAAAUUGAAAAGCAUGAUGGAAACUUAAAGACUGUUUAUUUUGAGGAAUCACCCAUCAUGUCUACUUAUUUGGUGGCUGUCGUUAUUGGCUUAUUUGAUCAUAUUGAAGAAACAUAUGCUGGGAUCAAGGUUAAUUUAUAUUGUGCUAUUGGGAAGAGUGAUCAAGGGAAGUUUGCAUUGGAUAUAGCAGUGAAGACACUAGAUAUAUAUACACAGUACUUCUCAGUGCCGUAUCCACUGCCUAAACUGGACCUCGUUGCUGUUCCUGAAUUUUCUGGUGGAGCCAUGGAAAACUAUGGUUUGAUUAUCUAUCGUGAAAUUGAACUUCUCCUCCAUGAUUUGUAUUCUAAUGCUGCUAGGAAGCAACGUAUGGCAAUUGUCACAGCACACGAAGUAGCUCAUCAGUGGUUUGGCAAUCUGGUAACUAUGGAAUGGUGGACUCAUUUAUGGCUUAAUGAAGGUUUUGCGACAUGGAUAAGUUAUAUGGCCACUGACAUUUUAUUUCCGGAGUGGAAUAUAUGGACUCAGUUCCUCUUAGAAACUGCUAAUGGUUUACAAAUGGAUGCUCUGGAAACAUCACAUCCAAUAGAGGUAGAAAUACACCAUGCACGCUCAGUUAUUGAAGUCUUUGAUGCUGUUAGCUAUGAAAAAGGAUCUACUGUUAUAAGAAUGUUGCAGGGUUAUCUUGGUGAUGAGAUAUUUCAGAAAUCCUUAAGCACUUAUAUAAGAAAACAUCAAGGCCAGAAUGCAAGGACAGAGGAUCUAUGGACCGUUCUUUCAGAGGAAUCAGGUGUGCAAGUCAACUCAAUGAUGAACACUUGGACAAAAGAGACAGGAUACCCAGUUAUCAAUGUUAAACUAGAAGAUCAUAUUUUGGAACUCAAACAGUCACAAUUUCUUUUAUCUGGUGCACAUGUUGAUGGGCAAUGGAUUGUUCCUGUAACCUUGUGUAUCGGUUCAUAUAAGCGGAGAAAAAAUUUCCUUCUGGAUACAAGCCAGGGAAAGUUGGAUAUAUCCGGACUGGUUCAAGCAAGUGGUGAUAGUCAAAGCUCGACUGAAGAGAAAAAUGUGGAGGACAGUGACGAAAAGUUAUGGGUUAAAGUCAAUGUUGAUCAAAGUGGUUUCUAUAGGGUAAAUUAUGAAGACAAGCUUGCAGUUCGACUGAGAAAAGCCAUACAAAACAAUUACUUGAAAGCUACGGAUAAAUUUGGCAUUUUGGAUGAUGCAAAUGCUGUUUGCCAGGCUUGUGAACAGUCACUUUCAUCUUUACUUUUGUUGAUGGAUGUAUACAGAAAAGAGGUUGAUUAUGUUAUUGUAUCAAAAAUCAUUUAUGUUUGUUACAAUAUUCUGAAAAUCUCAAGUGAUGCCAUCCCAGAAUCUGUGUACGAGUUGAAACAAUAUUUUAUCAGCCUCCUCAAGUUUUCUGCAAAACAAUUAGGUUGGGAUUCUAAAGAAGGAGAAGACCAUUCAAGUUCACUAUUGAGAGAAGCAGUGUUACAGGCAUUGUCUACAUUUGAUCAUGAUGAGACUCAGCAAGAAGCAUUACAGCGUUUUCUGAUAUUGCUGGAUGACAGCAAUACUCCUCUGCUUUCAGUUGACACUAGAAGGGCUUCUUAUGUGGCUGUCAUGAGGAAUACCACCACCAAAAGCAGGACUGGGUUUGAAUCCCUAUUGAGUUUCUACAAGAGAACUGAUGUGUUACAAGAAAAGGAAAGAAUACUACGUUGUCUUGCAUCAAGUGCGGAUCCAAACAUAGUUCUGGAAGUUCUGGAUCUUUUGUUGUCUGAUGAGAUCCGGGAUCAAGAUUGUGUUUUUGUACUUGCUGGAAUAAGCUCUGAAGGAAGCGAAACAGCAUGGGGAUGGUUGAAGGACAAUUGGGAAAUGAUCUUGACCAAAUAUGGUAGUGGACUCUUGCUCACCAAUUUCAUUAACAAAAUCGUCCCGUUGGUUAAUAGCAUCGAAAAAGCAGAGGAGAUAGAAGAGUUUUUUGCUAGUCGCAUGAACCCUUCAAUUGCUAUGAACUUGAAGCUAAGCAUUGAGAAAAUCCGAAUCAAAGCCAGGUGGAUUGAGAGUAUAAGACAAGAACAUUCUCUGCAAGACCUGAUCAAACAAUUAGCUCAGAGGAACUUGUAGCUUUUACAGCAGCUUCCUAUGAACAAAACCAGAACCGAAGAGUUUCUUUCACUAACGUAUCUCUACUAGAAUCAUUUGUAUCCAUGACAUGAACAAAAAGACAAUGUAAUUCUCCAGUUUGGAGGAAGUUGGAUUAGACCAACAAGUCUUCUAAACUAUGACGUUCAUGUCAUAGUACGUUUUAUCCAUCAAUGCAUGUUAGUCCGAGGGACAAAAAUGUUCGAAUUUGAAUUAGUCAACAUGAUUUUUGGACAUCGGGAUAA